UGCCGCAUAAGAAGAGGUGUUCACCCAGACAGAGCUGCUUUUUCAUCCACAGCGAGUAAAGAAGUGAAUCUACAGGAGAGAAACAAACUAACGUACCGAUCAAAAACCACUACCAACGUCUGGAUAAAUAUCUGCAUCGAUCCGCCCAUCCUUGUCUCCUGGAUCGUAGCUGAGAGAAAGAGUUGCAGCUUCAUCACGGACUUUCUCUCGGUUUGUGGGCUCAUCUAAAGGACCAACGUGGAUCGAGAAGUCAGCGCUCUCAGGAGCCCGACAAAUUCGUUGAAGAAAGAAGUGGAAGAAAAAAAUACAACUGUGACGAGUUUGGGAAAGAUUUUACUGUGAAAGCUUCCCUAAAAAUGCAUCAGGUCAUCCACAAGGGAGAGAGACCGUUCAGCUGUGACGAGUGUGGAAAGUCUUUUACCCACUCUGGAAACUUAAAAACACACAAACUGAUCCACACUGGAGAGAGACCGUUCAGCUGUGACGAGUGUGGAAAGUCUUUUACCCACUCUGGAAACUUAAAAACACACAAACUGAUCCACACUGGAGAGAGACCGUUCAGCUGUGACGAGUGUGGAAAGUCUUUUACCCACUCUGGAAGCUUAAAAACACACCAACUGAUCCACACUGGAGAGAGACCGUUCAGCUGUGACGAGUGUGGAAAGUCUUUUACCCACUCUGGAAACUUAAAAACACACCAACUGAUCCACACUGGAGAGAGACUGUUCAGCUGUGAGCAGUGUGGAAAGUCUUUUACCCACUCUCGAAACUUAAAAACGCACCAACUGAUCCACACUGGAGAGAGACCGUUCAGCUGUGACGAGUGUGGAAAGUCUUUUACCCAAUCUGGAAACUUGAAAGCACACCAACUCAUCCACACUGGAGAGAGACCGUUCAGCUGUGGAGACUGUGGAAAGUCUUUUACCCACCCUGGAAACUUAAAAGCACACCAACUCAUCCACACUGGAGAGAGACAGUUCAGCUGUGACGAGUGUGGAAAGUCUUUUACCCACUCUGGAAGGUUAAAAACACACCAACUCAUCCACACUGGAGAGAGACCAUUCAGCUGUGACGAGUGUGGAAAGUCUUUUACCCACUCUGGAAACAUAAAAGCACACCAACUCAUCCACACUGGAGAGAGACAGUUCAGCUGUGGAGACUGUGGAAAGUCUUUUACCCACUCUCGAAACUUAAAAUCACAUCAACUCAUCCACAAUGGAGUUAAACCGUACACCUGUGAUCAGUGUGGCAGAGCUUUUACUCACAGUAGCAACUUACAGAGUCAUCUAGUUACCCACUCUGAAAUUAAGGCGUACAGCUGUGACAUUUGUGGAAAAACCUUCAGCCGGAUAGGGAGGCGAAAUACACACCUACGCAUUCACACCAGACAUGAUGUGUACUGCUGUGAGCAGUGUGGCAAACAGUUUGCUACAAACACAGAGUUACGAUGUCACAUGUUUACCCACUCUGAGGAGAGACCUUAUAAAUGUGACCUGUGUGAGAAGACUUUUUAAAUCUCCACGUUACCUGAGACGACACCAACAGAUCCACACUAGAAAGACUCUACAAGUGCAGUUGCUGUGAGGUAUUUUUAUUUUUAUCUUGUGAUUUUAGUCUGACUGUCUGAAACAACGGUUAGCAACAUGUUAGCAUUUCUGCUGCAUGGAAAAGCAGCUCUGAGUGAUUAUUCAGAUUUGAAUUACAGUAUUUUAGUGGUAGCAGUUGAGAAUUACAUUAAUGUUAUUGCAGUAUUGUUUCUGUUAUAGUUUUUGCAACACAUUAAGCUGAGUAUUAUAAAGCAAACAGUAAAUGGAUGUUAUUUUAUGUCUUGUCUUUUCUUAGUCCUGGAUGUUGACACAGAUGAUGUUUUGUUUUUUGUUUCAGGCUCCACAGAGUUCAGGUGGAGUCUUCUGUAAAGAUCUGAUGAGGCACCUAUGAAUGAAAAUGUGCCUCUCGUUACAUUUUAAGCUUUCUAAACUGUUCUACUGUAGUGUUUGUGUUGAGUGGUUAGCUUUGUUCCAGCAGUUUGAUUAAGAAAUCUGUUUCCUGUUAAAUUUUUAUUGAAUGCAUUGAUCCAGGUGUUCUGCAGUUUUUUUUUCAGCUUGUUUGUGUAAUGAAAUCCUGCAACAGUUAA